AGGAAAAGUGAUGGGUUUCAUUUAUUAUAUAGAUUAUUUGCUAUUUAUUUGUUAAUGCUAUUAUCAGAUUCCUAUCUCAAAAUGUUACUUUUUUUUUUUUUAAUUAAGAUAAAGGGGAGGAAAAAAAUCUCAGAAGCAAAGGGAUGAAAUCAGUUCCAUCUUUGUCAUCAAAAGCCCCGCACAGUGGGAUUAAUUAGCAAGGACACAGAGACUAAACAAAUGGAAAAAGUCACUCAUCUGGAAGCUCUGCUGUUUGCUGCUGUGCUGGAGAUCUGUGUCGAUCAGCUCGAAAUUCUUGGAUAUAUCAUGCCAAUUUCAGACGAGGAAAAGACAGACCUCAGCCAUACUGGCAUCCAGAAAAUGAAAGAAAUUAUAGAAACCCAGAAGGAGCUGGACAUUAAUGACCCAGAGCUUAUGUCAGCAAGGCAAGAGAGUGAGGAAACAGUUACCUCCAUGGCCCUGAAAAACACCGAACACAAGCAGCAGACGGGGAAAACUGAAGAUGGGAAAAGCACCCACCAGCCUUCCAAAAGUGGCAGGAAACACAGCACUCUGACUGUAGAGAAGCUCAGAAAAAUUGAGGCUGACAGGCAGUAUGCAAGUGAUGUAAUUACUGUCACUAUGAAAAAGAUGCAGGAAUCAGGAAUAUUUGACAGCCUAACAGAAGCUAAUGAGAGAGAGAAGGAGAAAAAGAGCAAGUUUUAUGACAUCCUCAUCAGGGAGGAAGAAGGAAAGAAGGAGAUAAAGUCACUCCAGAAACAGCUGCAAGAUGUCAGGAGACAAACUACAAAAGAGCUUCAGAACCGAGAUAAGAUCAUUGAUCACCUCAAAGAGAAACUCCAAGAGAAGACGGCCAAACUGGAUACAGAGAGUUCCUACAUGAAGAAAGACACAGACCUCCAGAUCCACCAAACCCAGAAGAAGUGCAGCAAGGAAGAGAACGCCCUGAACAAGGAAAUCCAGAACUUGAAGAACAGAACUGAUGAGGAGAUUCAACUCCACAUGGAGACUGAAAAUUUCCUCAGGCAACAGUAUCAGAAGGUGGAAGAGAAGCUGGAAUACUGGAUGGAGAAGUAUGAAAAUGACACCAAUGCGAAAGAAGUAGAACUGGAUGACCUAAGAGCAUUGAAGGCAGAGAACUUGGAAACAAUGCAGAAAUUUGCCAAGGAGUGCCUGAUGUUCGAGGAAACCAUCAUCACUGACCGGACAGAAAAGAAGACUAGAAGAGAACAACGAGAGCAGGAGGCCCUGGAGCUGAAGAGCGCCCUGAAGCUGCAGGCCUGGUGGAAAGGCACGAUGGUCCGCAGAUUCCUUGGCCCCUACCAGGCCCUCGAGAAGCUUCUGAAGGAACAGCCAGCAGUGCAGACAGACACAGAGAAGGAAAAAUCAGGGAAGAAAAAGUAAAGAAAAUAAAGAAAG